UUCUCUCUUUCAAUCUCUCUCUCUCUCUCUUCUCCUCUGUAGCGGUUCAAAAACACCAUCACUCAAACCCAAAUUUCAUCUUCUCUCCUAAUAACAAAUGUUUUCAUCUUCCUGACAAACAAUUUUACUCCAAUUUUGAUGUUUGUUGGCUAAUAGCAACUCUUUUUCAAUCUACAUUUUUUUAAUUCAUCUUUAUUGUUGAAACAAUGAGUAAAAAAAUUUCAAUGGAGACUCCUACUCGUAAAAUCAACAGGCUAAUUGCCAUAUCAAGCCCGAAAAUAGGGCCCAUUCCCAGCUUUGAUUCGCAUGCAUUCACUCAAAGUCCUGUUAAGAAAGGGGGAAAAUCACCUACUGUUACAGUAGUUCAACAAAAAAUGCGGGAAAGAAAUUUUACCUAUAAAGUCCAAAGAAAUCAUCUACGAUUCUGAUUUUGAAGGCGAAAUCGGUUGUCCUACUGCUAAGAAAAACAAGGUCGACAGUGUGGAAAUAGCAAAAGGGAAGAAAAAAAUUGAGGCUCCUAAUUUUAUUAAAAAAAGGGUUAAAAAAGGUAAAACAUCAAAGAGGACGCAUGACAAACCUAAAUUGAAGGUAAAGAAGAUGCCAACUCACUUUUGUUCUUACACCAACAUCAAAGCUACUGAUAAUAUAAAGGGGCGACUAAAGGGAAGCAAUUGCAGAUGCAUAGGGAUUCCCCAUUUGGAUAUUUCUUGAUUUACCGAAUAUCAAGGUUCACCCACAGCUCAUUCGUAGCUUGAUGUAUGCAGAGACUGAAAACGAGAGGGAUGAUAUAUUUAUUGUCAUGUUGAAUGGGAACGAGCUCUAUUUUGGCAUAAGAGAAUCUGCCAUUAUCAUGGUUUGAAAUGCGGCAUGCCGAGUGAUUUCAUUUCAGACCCUAAUUCACCAAACAGAUUAAUGAAUAGUUACUUUCUUGAUAAAAAAAAAGUACCAAAGAGUGAGCUGAUAAGGAUUUUUGAAGAAAAACUAGUUUGGGGAUGACGAUCUUAUGAAAAUUGCCAUUCUGUACUUUAUUAGUACAUUCCUAUUCUCAACUGAGACUUCGAAAGCUUAUGUAUCUAAGUUGCACUUUGACUUAGUUGAGAGUGGUGAAUAUAGACACUAUCCUUGUGGAAAUGAAUGUUUUAAGGAUACACUUGGUUCGGUUAGUCAUAAGUUGAGUGGUGAUCCAACAUAUUAUAGGUUUGGGGGCUUUCCACUUGCUUUGCAAGUAUGGUUCAAUGAGUGUUGCUCAAAGGUUGAUCCUUUGGUUGCUACCCGUAUUGGAAACCACACUCCCCGUAUUCUUAACUGGAAAACAUCCCAAGAAAUAUUGUACUUUGACUACCUGAAGAAGGGUAUGUUCAAAACAUAUGGGAUUCAGCUGCAUAAGAACAGUUUCAAAAUCAUACAUACAUAUUUCAUAAAUACACAUGUUAUAUUUCAAUGUUUGCCUAGAAUCGCUAACUUGUGAAUACAUGUAUAUGUUUCUGUUUGUGCUAGGUGGUUUUUUCCAACAUCGCCCCAACAAAUAAUGAAUUUAUACUUUUCAAUGAGUUAUCGGAUGUGCCACGACCACACACUACCACACCUGAUACCCCUUCUGUACAUGGUGCUGAGUUCGAGGCAUUGAAGAAUGAAGUUGUAAAUGUUCGCGAAGAUUUGAAACUAUUUUCAAGAGAAGGUAGAUGAUGAUUUUAAACAGAUGAAGCACCAUAUGGACAAAUCAUUCAGCGACAUACUAGUAGAGAUCAAGUCCUCAAAUGGCAAGAAAACUGAAAAUUAUGAAUUUGAGGUCAUUUUUAUUAUCUGUGAUGGUGCCUCCUCUGUAUUAUCCAUCUAUUUUUAAGUUUACUUAUGCAUACAUUAAUAAACAGGGUUCUGGAGGUGUUAAGGUCAUUGAGGAAAAACGAAAAACAAGCAGCGACCAGAAUGAAGAGUAUCCAGACAUACGAGCUGAUUUUGAUGAACAAGAGGCUAAGGGUGAGGUUGAUUGGGAGGAUGGAUGUGUGCCAAUAUCUGGUCAAGAUGCAGCAUAUUGGAAGAAUCAAAGUCAUUCUGGAACUUCAAGUAUGAAAAAUGUAGUUGGUGUGCAUGACGGAUUUGGUGAAGCGUGUGAUAAAGGUCUAGAUGAUCCUGAAGCAUUGAAGAAUCAAAGUCAUUCUUUUACUUCAAUUGGUGUGCAUGAUGGAUUUGGUGAAGCCUGUGGUAAUGGUCUAUUUAAUCAAGAAGCCUUCAAGAUUCAUACGAACAAUGAUCCUAUUUCAGUUAGUGUGCAUGAUGGAGUUGCUGAAGCACGUGAUAAAUGUCUAGAUGUUAUUGUGCAUGAUGGGGUUGUUAAAGCACGUGAUAAAUGUCUAGAUGGUAAGACUAUUAGUUUGAUGCAAUUUAAACGACUUAUUAAAUAUAUGCUAUAAAAAUUUUGAAAUUUUGAAUUUUUCGUAUCAUUCUUUAGAUGAUGUGGUUGCUGGAAUUGAUAAUUUGGGUAAUUUGUGCUAUUCUGCCUAUAAGGACUGAGUCUAGAUGACAUUGAAUUGCCUCCAUAUAGCGAGACUCAAAUUGUUGCUAUUGAAACCAAUUACAAUCGCAACAUUGUUACUCCUGAACUACAACCACGACUCAGAAAUCCUGGAAAGUAUUGAUCAUCUCCUUAUGUAGGUUUUAGUUCAGUUGGCAGCGGCACGGGAAAAUCUCCUAAAUACUUCAACAUAAAACAUCCGUUUGCAAAUUACAAUGGAUUUGAUGUUGAUGAUGCACUGCUCAAUGAAUUUACCACUUGGGUAUAUGCUAAAGUGUCUAAAAGAAAGAAUAGGUUUGUAUAACAUAUAUUAUUUAUUUACCUAUUUCUUCUGCAAUGAUUGACUGUUUUUGUGUUCCAGAAUUUCAGCCUACACUAUAAAGGAUAAUAAGAUUGCCAAUCCUUAUGAUUUGGGAAUUAAGAGAGUAGACAGAAUGGAGUGGUUCUACACUGUCGUUCAGACUGGGAAAGCGUGGGAAGACUCGGUAUGUUGUCUCCAAACCAUAAAUCAGAUAUAUUAAAAAAAACUAAAUUUGAUUUGUAUGAAAUCAAUAUGAAUUGUUGUCUGAAAUAAUAUUGUUUUGAUUGUUGACUAAUUGGAAUUGUAUUUUUUUUAUUUGAUCUCCAUUUAUUUGGAGGAGGAUUCUUGAUUUUUUGUCCUUGUUGGAUUUCAAGAUUCUAUGCUUA